AUGCAGAAAUUGAAAAGUUCAUAGAGGAUGGACGUUGUAUCAAAGUUAUAGGAGUAACAUUCUUACAAUUGAUGGGUUCGACGACAAAAUGUUGUUCGAGGAUGUAUACUCUUCAUGCUUGUUCUAGUGUGAACUUUCUGUUGAUCCAAGUAUCCAACCAAGACAUACCCAAUGAAGAGUUUAUGUCCUAGCCAGAGUUUCCGUAUUUCGAUCCCAGCACAAGUCCUUGCAUCAUUUCUUCUGGUAUCUCUCCUUGUUUUUUUUGUGUUCAGUGAUGAACUUGGACUAUCAUUUUCAUUUUCAAGGCCAAUCCACCAAGAAACCUUAAAAGGAAAAUCAGAAAUUGUUCAAGGAAAGGCUUCUGAUGCAAGUGAAGUAAAAUCAUCAGCCAUGAAGAAGUUGCCUGCAGAUUGUGACAUCUUCAAAGGAGAGUGGGUAUUUGACCCAUUUACACAUCCUUUGUACAAAGAGGAUGAGUGUGAGUUUCUGGAUGAGUGGGUUACAUGCUUGAGGAAUGGCAGGCAGGAUUCACUAUAUCAGAACUGGAGAUGGCAACCCAGAGAUUGUUCAUUACCCAAGUUCAAUGCAAAACUGUUGCUGGAGACUCUUAGAGGGAAAAGGGUUAUGUUUAUUGGAGACUCAAUACACCUGAACCAGUGGCAAUCUAUGGUUUGUUUGGUUCAAUCUGUAGUUCUACCGGAGAAGAAGAGCUUGAGCCGCGGAAACUAUAGUACUGCCUUCAAAAUGGAGGAGUACAAUGCAAGCAUAGAGUUUUACUGGGCACCAUUUCUUGUCGAGUCCAACGCAGACCCUCCGACGACUAGAGAUGGCAAAAGAGACCCCAUAAUCAUGCCUGAAUCCAUCUCUAAAAAUGGUGAUAACUGGAAGGACGUGGACUACCUCAUCUUUAACACAUACGUUUGGUGGCUCAAGUAUCCUACCAUGAAAGUUUUAAGACAUGGAUCGUUCGAUGAAGGGGCCAUAGAAUACGAUGAAAUCGACCGGCAUGUAGCAUAUGAGAGAGCCUUGAAAACAUGGGGAAAGUGGGUAGAGGAAAAUGUUGAUCCCAAACGUACCUCAGUUUUCUUCAGCAGCAACUUCCCUCAACAUUUCAGCUUGGACUGGAACAACCCUCUGGAAGGUAAUUGCCUGGAUGAGCCAACUCCGAAUAUGAACAUGACUGGAACAUUUGACGUUGGCACAGACUAUCAAAUGUUUGUGGUUGCAGCCAAUGUGACUCAAUCAAUCAAAGUGCCUAUUCACUUCCUUAAUGUGACUACCCUCUCGGAGUACCGGAGAGAUGGACAUACCACAGUUUACAAUACUGGCGAGGGAAGGUUACUAUCGCCGGCGCAGAAACACGAUCCAGCCAGAUAUGUGGAUUGCCUUCACUGGUGUCUACCAGGGGUACCUGAUACUUGGAAUGAACUGCUCUACACACAGAUUGUCUACAGGAAUGAAAGGUGAAUGUGGUUCAGAGGAUUAUAGAAGAU